AUGUCGAUCAGUUGGUUCCCUUCCUCGUUCCCAUCCUCCUUCUUAUCGUACUCCGCGUCAUCUUCCUCCUCCUCCUCUUCCUCCUCCUCCUCCUCCUCCUCCUUCUUCCUCUUCUUCUUUUUCUUUUUCUUCUUCUUCUUCUUCUUCUUCUUCUUCUUCUUCUUCUCCUCCUACUCCUCCCCCUCCCCUCCUCCUCCUCUUCGUCGUCGUCGUCGUCCUCCUCCUCCUCCUCGUCCUCCUCCUACCCCUCCUCCUCCUUAUCAGGUAUUUUUCUAGGCGACCUUAAUAUGAACAGACUGUUUCUUUCCAUUGUUAAUCAACAGAAAAUUAGAAAAAGGAUGCAGUUAUUACCCUCUUUCCUUAGCAUAUUUAUUCCCAUAGUUUACCUUUUGUGCUGAAUAGGGUCUCAAUUCUGUUAUAUGCAGAAAUGGCCUCUCAAUCUGAGUAACUAUAUUUAAAUGCGCCUUCUGGAAUGCCGGUAAUCUUUAAUUCAGCGACGCUUAAACAAAAUCCAAUGAAGAAUACAUGCAAUAACGUGCAUAACUGAUUCUUAAGGUAGUUUCCACCCGUGUGUAAUUUAUUGUUUUGUCUGUAUUGCAAUCUGAUUAUUGCAAGCAAGUAAUCAAAGUACUUAUCCGUAGGACUUUGUUUUAUAUUGUUCCAGCAGACUUCCCAUGUUUACGAAUAGUUCCUUUAAAUGAGCUGGGUUUUUGACAGAUAAACAAUGCCACGGAGGAGCCUAACUUUUUUGCGUAGGCUUUUCCUGUGUACAUUCUAGUAUCUGUUUCCUCUGUUAUGCUGUUAUUUACAGCCCUCUGACAAUGAAUUAACGCCAGGCUCUCAGUUGCAGCAUAUUUAGGACAAAAUCACUUCAUGGGCUACACAAGUUGCGAGAAGAGUGGGUCAUUUUUAAUGCAUCUUAAAGCUGGUAAAAGUAAAGAAAACAAAAUAACUGAAUUGGGCUUAAAUUUAGCCCUCCUUGUUCCCUAAAUAUUUCCAGACGUUUUAAGUAACAUUAAGGCGGCGGAGUGGUGAAUGAAACACACACCGGCAGUCUAAUUUGUUACAGUUGGACAUGACCAUCAAAAUGUCUUAGGGCGGACAUCCACCUCUGACUUGUGUCCAGGGAGAACAAACACAGGCUACUCAUGUUGACGAUAGGAAACACCCGGUCUCGCAUACGCCGGUUCGGAGAAGAAAGCACUGGAUACAACGUAGCAUAGCUUUAAAAGCAAAAAAACUCUGCUUCAUAAGAGCAAACAGUCUGAGGGCAAGAAGAAGUGACGUAAUAGUUGGCUUAUCAAAUAAGCUCAGGAAAAGGUACAUAUUGUGAGAUCAUAGUAGCUUUUCUGGAUAGCCGUUGCUCAGUGUCUGUCAGUCCAUAUUUUGGAAAUCACGGCAGCCAUACCUGUCGUGGACAGAGAAUAAUUUUCAGAUAAACUCUCUAGACACAAUGUUGAAGGCACAUUAGGACGUUCUAUUGAAGAUAAUUUCUGUCCAUUUUUUAAAAUCCCACGAGUCAAAGGAAUAAAAAGCUAUUCGAAACGCGCACUCAGGUUGCAAAUUUAAGUUUACUUUUGAUGCCGUGCAGUUUAUUGACCUUUCAAACAUGGUGAACUCGUUUUUAAUUGUGAAAUUGUCAACUUCAUUCAGGUUGACUAUUUUGGGUGAAGACGCUGGGUUUUCAGCUGUCACGAAAAUUCGGACGAUAGGAUUUUACCCCUAAGCUAGACAUAAGACGUCAACUCUUCGACUCAUCAAUAAAGCGGUUGCAGAAAAAGAGCUGUUUUGCUAUCCUCCCAAGUUAAAUCUCCAUCAGUAACGCGAAGGGGGCUCGGAAUGUUGCUAGUCAGAGGCGUUUUUGAAUGCUUAUAGUUCUUCAAAACAUUCCGUAUGGUUUUGCUACUCUUUCAAGAAACCAUAAUUUAAUGGAAUUAUUUUUUGUUUACGAGCAUAUAAAGCAGGCGAUGAAAAAGUUUCGGGCCAGAUUUCGGUAUUUAAACCUAAUAUAAUUUAGAGCUAUAAGGCAUAGCCAUGGGGAAUUGAGUCAACAAAGUCUUACUGAAAAAAACUCAGGACAUGCUUCCGUCAAAAGUUAAUCGUUAGUGUUGAAAUGAUGCAAACAGCGGUAGUGUUGGCCAGCUGUUAGGUGUGUUUCUGCAAGGGACACUUCAGAUCCUCUCGAGGUCUAUUUUUAAUUUGCAAAUGUUGUCAUCUGAGGACUCUGACAAGUCCGAUCUUUCCCACCAUCAAAAUCACUGUGUUUAAAGACCAAGAACAGUAGUUGUGGGUUCGUUGAAUGACUUGGCGCCUGCAUCAAAGGCCGGCGUGCUUUGAUCUGCGUCAGAUCAAGGGCCCCCAGUUACCAGGCACGAUUUCGGUAGUUCAGUUGACUGGUUUUACAUUUGCGUCGAAAAAGCAAAAGCUCGAGAUCAAGGAUGUAAAAACUGCAGAACAAUAACGCCAUAAAAUAUGUAAUCUUCUUACGAAUGGUGAAUUUUCCUCCAAGAUUCAACGCAUAAGCAAAUUAUCCUGCAUUUAUAAGGCAGAUGCAUAUUUCUUUCGUUAAAUGUUGGCAUUCCCUCGCGAAAAAACCAGGUCUUGAUUGCACAGUACGAAGAACCCUGCAGUUUACGAGCGAUUCUAGUGGGCCAACUUUGAAUAAAAUACCAUCGAAAGCAGUUGCUUAUGAUCUCCAUAACAGAUUGCGAAUUGGAAAGAUAGUAUGUCUGGAAAAAGUAAAGAAAGCUGAAUGCUAUUUGGUUACCACCUUUAUGUGCUGUUCACGAUGUUUUGUCAGUUACUGCACGGACAGUACGUCACAAGCAAAAGUUCUCGCGCAAGAGGAAAUCAAUCGUACUACCAGUGUUUUGAGUCUGUUAUUGUGUCCACACUGCUGGCCGUUAUGCGGCUGAUGGCGGGAGGGGGGAGACUCGAGACUGAACCCCAAGAAACAAAGCAGGACAAGUAUGUCUCGAAACGCGGUCGCUGGACGCCCCUCUACCAUUGUGUAUACCCGAUAUCAACCGACAGGCCAGCAGGCCCGUGGCUCAGUAGUUAGGGCUGUUGUACUCUCAACUAACAGGUUGGGGGAUCAAGUCUCAGGGACUGCAAAGCCUGGUGUUAAUUAUGGCUGCCUAAUGUGGGUAAUAUUAUCGUGGCUUUACUGAGAGACCGAUAAUCAUGUAGAAGGUAUUUAAUAUUACGCGGAGCUUGGGAGUUUCGUAAAAAAAAUUAAAAAAAGGUCGAAUAAGACGUAAGGAUAGAUAAAUUUGGAGUUAUAAGAGCAGUUGUCCGGGACAAGCUUAAUAAUGUCAGAAAUUAUGAAUCGCUACAUUAUUAUAGCCCCCUGAACAAAAUCUCUUCAGAGAUAUCGUUUUGGAGAGCAAAAAAAUGGAGGAGCAGCUGGCCAUUCUUGAUUUGCUCACUAGCGUAGACCCAAAGUCGAGCUUUUAA